AUGAAUUCUUUGCACGCCAAUGGCGCGACAACAUGCGCAAUGGCUGCGCCGUCUGAUGAAAAACCUGUAGGAGAGAAGGAGCCUGUGCCUGAUGCUGGAUUGAAGAGUCUGGACCAUUACAAACGAGCACUCCCUAAAUGGCGCUACAACUUGCGACAGAGCACCCUGCCCCUCGUGCGAUGGGAGACGCCCUACCUCGCCUGGAUGCAAGACAAGCUGCGCACACCAGCCCUCGAUAGCUACUUUGCAAUUACGGCGAACCUGGGAACGCACACCUUCUUCAUGAUUGGGCUCCCCAUCUUCUUCUGGUGUGGAUUUGCGCCGUUUGGCAAAGCACUUGUUCGUAUGCUUGCCUCGGGCGUUUUCUUCAGCGGCUUUGUUAAGGACUUCUUCUCGCUGCCACGGCCGCUGUCGCCUCCGUUACACCGAAUUACGAUGUCCGACUCCGUGGCCCUCGAGUACGGCUUCCCAUCAACGCACUCGGCCAAUGCCGUGUCUGUGGCUGUCUACGGUAUCCUGUCGUUGUAUUCUCCCGAAAACACGCUACCGCCGACUUACAAAUUCGCUCUCGAAAUCCUGGCCUACUGGUACGCGGUUAGCAUUGUAUUUGGGCGCCUCUACUGCGGCAUGCACGGUUUUUUGGACGUAAUCGUGGGCAGCCUCAUGGGCGCCGCUAUCAGUCUCGUCGAGUUUUACUAUGGAGCUGCUACGGAUGCCUACUUCCUCGAAAGGACAUUCUCCUCCAUCGUCAUGGUAGCUCUCGUCAUCAUCGUCCUCAUCCGCAUCCACCCUGAGCCCGCAGACGACUGCCCCUGCUUCGACGACAGCGUCGCCUUCGCAGGCGUCGUCGUGGGCGUGGAAAUGGGCACCUGGCACCUAGGCCGCUCCUCCUUCGGCGCUAUCCCCUUUGAUGCCGCCGCCCUAGGCUGGGCCGUCGUCAUCCUCCGCAUCGCCGUCGGUGUCCCCGCCGUCGUUGCCUGGCGCGAGGUCGCGAAACCCACCCUUCUCCGCUCCCUCCCCCACUUAUUCCGUUUCCUUGAGGUCUGGGGCGUCAACCUGCCCCGCCGCUUCUUUAUGCCCGCCUCGGAGUAUAAGAAUAUCCCGCUUCGCAUCAAGGUCGACAACGUUAUGCCUAAUGUGAGCGAUCUGCCGCGGUUCGUGAAUUCGAUUCGUAAGGGAGGGCGCGGUAGGUCCGUGUCUGUUGGCCCGCAGAGUGCAGCGGACGCGUAUGAGACGCUUGCGUAUAGGGAACGGAGGAGGAGGGAGAGUAUUGGGAGUAACGGGAGUCAUAGCUUGAGGAGCAAGAAUAGCAUUGCGGAGAUGCGGGAGUCGAGCCCAACCACCGCGAUAGACGAGCAGGGGGGCCAGAGUUCAGGGGUCAGUGGUGGAGUUGGGGGCCGGUUGAGUUAUUAUGAACGCAUGAUGGGUGAGGGUACGGUGAUUGUGGGGUCCGCUUCACCAGGUGAGGAGAAGGAUAGGCCUGAGGAUCCGGAGAUGUAUAUUGGGAGGCAGGAUGAGCUUGGGGAACGAGAGGUUUUCUCCAAGUUGGUUAGGCCCAGGGUUCGGUAUGAUGUUGAGGUUGUGACGAAGCUGAUUGUUUACACUGGAAUCGGCUUGGUAGCUGUCGAUUUCGUACCCAUCAUGUUUGAAUUUAUUGGCCUAGGAGCCGCACAUCUCGCAUACAGCUGA